AUGGUUUCUUGUGCUUAAUAUUGCAUGUUUAUAUCAGCUCCAGGAUGCAUUUUCAUGACCUAUUUAGGAUUAAUGAUAGCUAUUGGAUCUGAAACUGUCUAUGUUGUACCUCAUAGUAGAAUUGAAGGUGCAUUUGCAUUAUUUAUUACAGCAGUGGUAUAUGUUUAUUUGAUUAAAGCUUUAUGCUAUUUUUUUUGCAAUUAGCUACAAUAGUGAAUAUUCUCAAAUUUAAAGACAACAAAAUGUUGAUGAAUGGAUUAAUUCCCAAGAAAUCAGAGAAGCUGAAUUAGAGAUGUAAGAUAUUCCAAAGUAGCCAAAAUCAAAUCUAUAAGAAUCCAUAGAAUAACCAUAAUGAUAU